AUACUAUGCAUUUAUUCCAGAAUCUAACAUUAAUCAAGAAACUGUCAGUCUAAAACGCAAGUGGAUACUAAACACCAUAUCCAACAAUCCAAAUUUCCUAGGUCUAUUCAAUCCAAAUCCCAAAUCAAAUGGCAAUUUCAGACUCGAAUUCAAUAGCACAAGUGCCCGUAAUGAUGCUAUUUCUACAUUCAUCGAUAUGGGAAUCGACUCAGUUAAUACAAUCGCAAUAUCAACUUCAAAAACCAACAAAUCAUCUAACGAAUCAACAGAUAGAAAUGGAGUGGUAAUUCUAGACAUUCCAGUCAACAUGAACGAAACAACAGUUAAACUAGCUUGUAACUCUAUUGGUUCAGUAAAAGACUUCAAAUGUACUGAAAAAGGUGGAUGGAAAACAGCAUACGUAUCAUUUAUGGAACCAGACGAAGAGCUAAAUCUAAACAACACAUGGUCAAUAAUGAUUAAACAUGAUAGUAUGCGG